AGAUCAAGUUACAUUAGAUGAGUCUCAUCAUGUAAAUUUGUUGUAAAUUUGCAGCAUUUCAGUGUCUUAAACACAGCAGUUCAUUCUGAAUUCAAAAUGAAGACACAGAAACUGACCCAACGUUUCUACAUUACACCACCAGCUGUGGUGUGACGCCUUGCAGCUUUCAUGACGAAGUUAAAACCUGAAUAACUACAGGAAGUAAAAACAUAGAAGUUUAAGAGCUCAAGUUGUCACUGAGGUUCAGGAAGCAGAGAGACGAUGAAGCAGAGAGGAGCCAUGGAGGAUCCUAUGUGGAGGAAAAUGUUUCUGUUUUUCAUCCUGCAGUUUACAGGAGCUCUGAGCAGAGAUCUGUCUCUCUACUACGCUGUCAGAGCUGGAGAUGACGUCACUUUGUCCUGUGAAAAUGUGAUCGAUGGUCACAGUAACUGUGACACAACAUCCUGGGUCUACAGUAAAGCAGGUCGACAAGCUGUAGAGUUAGUUAUUCUUGGGCAGGUUAAGGUUAAGGUUACCAGAUCAGACAGACUGAGUGUUUCUGCAAACUGUUCUCUGGUUGUAAAGAAAGUCACAGAUCAGGAUGUUGGUCGGUACACCUGCAGACAGUUUAAGAAACCAGGAGAAGGUCAGUUUGGUUCAGAUGCUGUGGUUCGUCUUUCUCUGGUUCACUUGACAGAACAUGAGGACCAGAACCAGAUAACAUUAAACUGCUCUGUGGUGACAGAUGAACCAUGUAAACACUCAGUGAAGUGGUUGUAUAAUGGUAACCUUUUGGAUAAAGACAACAAAGAAAUAACAGAAUCAUCAUCUUCCUGCUCUGCUGCUGUCGCCUUCCAGACGUCUCAUUACUUUUACCAGUCAAGGUUUAACACGUUCAAGUGUGAAGUAAAGACAGAAAAUAAAGUUCAGCUUUUUACCUUCAGCUCUCGUCAAUCAGAGAAAGACAAACCAACAACCACAUCGGCAGCAACAACUAAACCAGACAAAAUACAAACAACUGAGGAAACCAAAGUUACAACUAAACUAGAUGGAACAUCAGUCAUAAGAAGUACAAACACUCCAACACGUGAUCCAGAUGUGGAACAAACUUUUCUGUGGUUGUACAUCACUCUACCUCUGCUUCUAGUGGCCUUGAUAACAAUUCUGUUCAUCCUGUUAAACAGAGCAAGAGGCCACAAAGCUAAACAAAUUUCCAAUGACUCUGUCACUCUUAAACCUGCAGAGACUCAAUCUGCAUCUGAAAAUCAGCAACAGGUUGAUCCAGAAAAUGGAGUCUCCUACGCCUCCAUCAGCUACACCAAGAAGUCCAACAGCAGCAGGGCUAAAGGUGAUGAUGAAGGUGAAGUUGUGACAUACAGCACGGUGAACUCUCCCGCCGUAGAUCCCAGCAGCCUCUAUGCUUCCAUCAAAUAGGCAGACAAACAGUCUGAGGUCCCAGGAAGGAGCUAAAUGUUAGAUUUGCUGUUACAGGUGUGCAUUGUUAAAAAAGGGAAAUGCCUCAUAAUUAAUAUAGAUAACUGCAUAAGAGAAUGAAAAUAAUGUAUAUUGCACUUGUUUAGCUGUGCUAUGGUUAAUUACUAUAACUUAUUAAUCGAGCUUUGCGAUGUUUGUUUUUGCUUUAAAUUCCAAUUUACCAACUGAAAACCAGGAAUUUUAUUUUGCAGGUUCAGUGUUUAAUAUUUAAAUUUUUCAUUUUUAUUUGAGACUGAAGAAAUGGAUGUGAUAUAAUUAGUAUUUUAGUAUCAUAAAUGACUCCGUCCAGCAGAGUAACUGAGAUGUGGAACUGUAAAAGUCAUAACAGCCAUCUUCAGCGGGAGAUUUUGAAGCUGGUCAAAAAAGGAGAACGGCUCUCUAACCCUCAAGUUUUGUUUUUUUGUGGUCAUAUUUCUUAAAAGAAACCACCAACUUAGAGAAGUAGAUGUGUGAGAACAGCAGAGACGUUUUGAGAGCUAAUGUUUGCACAGGAUCUUAUUUGGAAUUAUUCAAUCAUUUACUGAUGAUCCUUAUAUGGGUCUGAUGAUUGUUAUGGUUUUUAGAAAAGUCCUUUUAUUUUCUGCUAGAAUAAUUACAGGUUUCCAAAUAAUAAAGCUCAAUUAUUACAUUGUGUUUGUGUGAUGCCACCUGCUGGUGAAAUGUGAAUAAAGUUUAUACUGUAUGUGAAGGGGUAUGUAUUAAUGCCUCGGGAUUUAUAUUAGAUGCUGUUUUUGUCCAUAAAAUUCAAGAGGAAAUUAAGCUCUCCAUUUUUAUUUUAUUUGCAUAUAUGUUUAAUAAAGAAGACAACAAA